AUGGUGGCGGCGGCGAUGAUGCAGCGGUUUCCUGCUGCUCUUCCCAAGAGGCCGGCCUCGAUGAUGGCAGGGGAGGUGACUGUGGAGCGACUUUCAGGGACGAUUGUCUCGAAGGUGUUCGACUUGGGGGCUGCGAAACUAUCUCGCCGGGUUGCGACCUCGGCAGUGUCGGAUCGCCAGGGCUGGCGACGGAGGACGACGACCGAGAUGGCGCGGCGCCCAUCUUUGCCUGCGCCGCUGGGGACGACUGCGGGUGCUGGGCCGGGGGCCUCACCUGAGCCGGAGAAGGAGAGGCGCGCGGCUGCUGCUGUGGUUGAUCCCGUCCCGGCGGCGACGAAGAAGGCUCUGCCGCUGUCGUAG